CAGUCCUCGCCUGACCACGAUACAGCGCUGUAUCGAGCCGUUGCGAUGUGAACGCCUAACCUCCUCCACUGUCUGAAACGACAGCUUUUGUUGCGUGUGCACACAAGUUUUUUGUUAUCGGCACCAGUUUAUUAACUUUUCUGUUGGACAAAGUUUCCCCCCCAUCCUAGCCCAUCUGGAGAUCUCUUCUGUGGCGACAUUGAUGGAGUUCCGCUUGGACAGUGCGGAGUAUUGCCAGGCCCAACACAAAUAAACGCGCGGCGGAGCGAGGACCCAUGCGGCCGGACACUCGGCACACGCACCCCGCGCGACUAUCGAACUCACACCUACUGUUACCCUAAAUUCGGAGCCCCCGGACGAACGGAGCAUAUCAUUUAGUUGCCGAAGUGUUAUAAACUUAUGUUUUCCGCAUAAUUUUCUGUUAGUUCAUUCCACAUUUCAAGCUUGCGCGGAGCCGGUACCGUAUGCGCUCGAGCGGUUGAAAGCGCUAUCCAUGCGGGUGGUUCUCUUUAUAUAAUUGGACCUUUUCUAAAUAAAAGUUUGGAAUCUGCGGUGUGUUGUGUGGAAAUAGAGUGACAAUUUGUCUGUUGAAACAUUGACGGACUGUUUACCUUUCGCGGACGCGAGUGGCCAUAGAGCGAGUGUUUGGAAGUGUUGCGCGCGCGCAGUCUAGUCGUCCCCGAGUGAAGUGCGAGCCGCCAUCAUGAAGCAGAAGGACAUCCGGCCGGCGCCGUCGCUCAUCGAGUACAAGACCAUGCGGUUCCUCAUCACCGACCGCCCCUCGGACGUCACCAUCCAGUCCUAUCUCCAGGAGCUGCGCAAGCACAACGUGUGCACGGUCGUGCGCGUGUGCGAGCCCAGCUACGACACGGCGCCGCUGACGGCCGAGGGCAUCGAGGUGCGCGACCUGGCGUACGACGACGGCACGUUCCCGCCGCAGCACGUUGUCGACGAGUGGUUCGAGAUCCUCCGAGACAAGGCCCAGAACAAGCCGGAGGCGGGCGUGGCGGUGCACUGCGUGGCGGGGCUGGGCCGCGCGCCGGUCAUGGUCGCCAUCGCGCUGAUCGAGCUCGGCAUGAAGUAUGAGGAGGCCGUCGAGACUAUUCGGGACCAGCGCCGCGGGGCCAUCAACUCCAAGCAGCUGUCGUACCUGGAGAAGUACCGGCCCAAGUCUCGCCUCAAGAAGAACGGACACAAGAACUCGUGCUGCGUGCAGUAGCGGCCGCGAACACCGUCCCGCCCCGACAGCGAAUGUAGCUCUGCUUUCACACACACACUCACCCACGGAGCAAACGUACAUGUAAACUAACGAUAAGUUUUAAAACGUAGUCGCCCUUUAAACCACCCGAGCAAUUUGGUUUCUUUUUUAUGAGGACCGUAUAGUAACCGAAAUCUAGGUACUAACAGCAACAUUCCCUUUGUUACUUUCGGGUAAAGGAUCUGGUUAUGAUGACGGAAACCUCGGUUUUAUUCAUUUGACUUUGAUAAAAAUAUCUCGAGUUUUUUCUAUGAUUCGGAAGCCUUAUAUUGCUAUUGUAUUGUUCAAAGUAAAGGUAUAUAACCCUUGUGCUGUAUUGUGUAUUAGAGGAACAUGUAAAAUAGAAGCGAGCCACAAUUUGUGUUCAUAGUUGAAACAGUUACUCGGGUAUUUAUAUACUUAAAACAUAAUAAAAUACAAUAUCCAUAAUAAAUACAAUGCAGUCAAUGUCGAGCCUUGUAUAUUUAUAAUAAAUUGCUUUCGAUUCCUUUUUGUUUGUAAUCAGUUGAAAUAUGAAAUCAUGUUUAUAGAGUAUUGUUUUCAUUUGUAUGCUAUUAUUAGUUUUAAUGAAUACAGACAUAAUAGUGGAAUGUCUUAACGUUUUUGUGUUUCUUCAAUCUGACAUAAAUAUGUAUCUUUAUUGACGAAUUAACCAAUUUAAGUUACGGAACUUCACAUAAUAAAAUAUUGGUUUCUGUAACAUUUGACUUAUGUACUGAAGAUGAAAUAAUUAUAAUAAUAUACUGUUCACACAUUAUGAAUAUUGAACUUGACUCACUUUAAUGUUCCAAUAUAAAAUAGCUCUUUGAUAUUAUUUUUCUAUUUCUAAUUUUAUGACGAUUAUCUAAGUUUGUGAUCGUGUAAGGAGCAGUCACAUUCAUAAAUAAAAUGUUUAUAAGCUACA